AUGGAAAGCGAAAUUCGAGAGUUGGACCACAAAAGAGAGCAGAAUAAGGAGGAACUGUUUGAAAAAGAAAUCGAGUCGGAAGACCAGCAGAAUAAACUCACACACUACAAGGAGCUCUACGACGGAUUCUUUUAUUUGGUGACAAUGCUCCGCGAAAAACAAAAAAAACUUCUUCGUUCUAAAGGAAUUCUCCGAAAACUAGUGCAAGAAUGUGAAAAGGAGGAAUCGAAGAAAGAUGAAGCUGAUGACUUAAAUGAAUAUCUGUUCAACCUGGAAGAAGGAGAGGCCACGCCGCAGGUGGCGAAGAAGCCGUGCAACUCGACAAAUUUUUACCAAAACCAAAGGCCGGCAAGGAGAGGGAACCCAAACUGGACGACCAAGUCGACGAGCUCCAAGAAGAAGUGGGAAGAAGCAUGGAAGGAGGCCCGACGGCAACAAGACCUCCAAAUCAUCCUCAAACUCAUCCAGCGGUCUUCCAUCAGCGAAUAUGAGGCGGACAAGCAAACUUCGGACCAAGUCAUGAAGAAAAAAGACGAAUACAUCAAGAGAUGA